CUGAACAGAUGAAUGUUGGCAAUGAAAUAGAGGUUUUCAGUCUGAGAUGAACAGAAAUCAAACAAGGGUUCUUUGUUUCAGUUCUCUUGUUUUUGUCAGAGGUCUGUGUGUGUGUGUGUGUGUGUGUGUGUGUGUGUGUGUGUGUGUGUGUGAGAGAGAGAGAGAGAGAGAGAGAGAGAGACAGAAAUAAUGAAGUCUAGAUGAAAAAUGGAAAGACUGAAACAGAGACGGACAGAAGAAACAGUGUAGUGACAGAGAGACAGACUGACGGACAACAAGGACUUGUGAGACAGCUGGGAACAGGUAUAACAGGAGUGACAGAGUGAGCUGCAGCCAUGAUGAGCAGAAAAAUGUCAUAUUUUGAGUUUUGGAGGAGCAACAAGGAGAGAGGAGCUCUGCUGAAGAGAGCCAAUCAGCUGAGAAUUCCUCCCUCACAGCUGAGGCAGCUGCUAGGUGACAGUGGAAUUCGGGCGGUGCUGCAUGAUGCCAAGAUGGCGCCUCUGCUUCCCCCUCUUGGUUCGGAGGUCUUCAGACGCUUCACGCAAGCCUCGCUAGAGGAAAUUCAACGACGAUAUGAAGCCGAGGAGAAGGAGCGACAGAGGAAGAAGGAGAAGAACAUCGAGAUAGCAGAAGAAGAUCUUCCUAAACCAGCAAGUGACUUGGAGGCCGGCAAGCCCCUCCCAUUUAUCUAUGGAGACCCGCCCCCUGAGCUUCUCAACACCCCAUUGGAGGAGCUGGAUCCCUUCUACCAAUCACAGAAGACAUUCAUCGUGCUCAGUAAAGGAAACAUCAUCUACAGGUUUAACGCUGACCCGGCCUGCUACACCCUGAGUCCAUUCAGUCGUCUGAGGACCAUCGCCAUCAGGAUCCUGAUCCACUCUUUAUUCAGUUUGUUCAUCAUGGUGACGAUUCUGACCAACUGUGCGUUCAUGACGAUGAGUGAUCCUCCAGCAUGGAGCAAGACUGUGGAGUACGUCUUCACAGGCAUCUACACGUUUGAAGCGACGGUCAAAGUUCUCUCCCGAGGAUUCUGUGUGGGAGAUUUCACCUUCCUCAGAGACCCCUGGAACUGGCUGGAUUUCAUGGUCAUCAGCAUGGCGUAUCUUACAGAGUUUGUAGACUUGGGGAAUGUUUCUGCGUUGAGAACAUUCAGAGUUCUCCGAGCCCUGAAGACCAUCACAGUCAUCCCCGGUUUAAAGACUAUUGUGGGAGCUCUCAUCCAAUCAGUCAAGAAGUUGGCUGAUGUCAUGAUCCUGACAGUGUUCUGCCUCAGUGUCUUUGCCCUGAUUGGUCUGCAGCUCUUCAUGGGAAACCUGAGACAGAAGUGUGUCCUGAUGCCACAACAGCUUCGUAACCACACACCUGACGUCAGUCUCAACAUCAGUUACCAUGGCAACAACACCUACGGCAAUGACACAGGAAGCGGUGACUUUGUUUUCUAUGAGUACAUCAAUAAUCCAGGGAACUACUACUACCUGCCUGGGCAGCUCGAUGCUCUACUCUGUGGAAACAGCUCUGAUGCCGGGGUCUGUCCCGAGGGUUAUGUCUGUCUAAAGGUGGGGAGAAAUCCAAACUAUGGCUACACCAGCUACGACUCUUUUGGUUGGGCAUUCCUGGCUCUGUUCAGACUGAUGACCCAGGACUUCUGGGAAAACCUCUUCCAGCUGACACUACGAGCGGCAGGUAAAACCUAUAUGAUUUUCUUCGUGGUCGUCAUUUUCCUCGGCUCGUUCUACCUCAUUAACCUGAUCCUGGCUGUGGUUGCCAUGGCGUAUGCCGAGCAGAACGAGGCCACGUGUGCCGAGGCCAAACAGAAGGAGGAGGAGUACGCCGAGAUCCUGGAGGCGCUGAAGAGGAGAGAGGAGGAGCAGGCAACCUGCAGGGCUACACCCUCCCAGAAUCCAGACUCAACACACCCACCUGUUGACGGACAGGAAGUCGAGCAAGAACACACUGCUAUGGAAGACUUUGAGGAUGACCAGAGACCGUGUCCUCCAUGUUGGUAUUCCUUUGCUGACAUCUUCCUGAAGUGGAACUGCUGUGGUUGCUGGCGGUGGCUCAAAAUACGGCUCUACACCAUCGUCAUGGACCCAUUCUUCGACCUUGGCAUCACCAUCUGCAUCGUCCUCAACACCGUCUUCAUGGCCAUGGAGCACUAUCCAAUGACGGAUCAGUUUGAGGAGCUACUGAGUGUCGGAAACCUGGUCUUCACAGGGAUCUUCACAGCAGAGAUGGUGCUCAAACUUCUGGCCAUGGACCCGUACUACUACUUCCAGGUGGGGUGGAACAUCUUUGACAGCAUCAUCGUAACCAUGAGUCUGGUGGAGCUGGGAUUGGCUAACGUUCAGGGCCUGUCUGUGCUGCGCUCAUUCCGAUUGAUGCGUGUCUUUAAGCUGGCCAAGUCUUGGCCGACCCUCAACAUGCUGAUCAAGAUCAUUGGAAACUCGGUGGGGGCUCUGGGGAACCUGACUCUGGUCCUCGCCAUCAUCGUUUUCAUCUUCGCCGUCGUCGGGAUGCAGCUGUUUGGGAAGAACUACAAAGACUGCGUCUGUCGCAUCUCGGGGGACUGCGAGCUUCCUCGCUGGCACAUGAAUGACUUCUUCCACGCCUUCCUCAUCAUCUUCAGGAUCCUGUGUGGAGAAUGGAUCGAGACCAUGUGGGACUGCAUGGAGGUCUCGGGUCAGACCAUGUGUCUGAUUGUGUUCAUGAUGGUCCUGGUCAUUGGAAACCUUGUUGUCCUGAACCUGUUCCUGGCCUUGUUGCUGAGCUCAUUCAGCGGUGAUAAUCUGGCAGCUCCAGAGGAUGAAGGUGAAAACAACUUGCAGAUCGCCAUAAAUCGGAUCAACAGGGCCGUGGCCUGGAUCAAGUCCUGGAUCCUAGAGCAGAUUUGGACUGUCUUGGGAAAGAAGAGGCAUGUCAACCCAGACCACAUUGUCGACGGUGACGACAACGACACAAAGGAGGUUUUGCAUUUGACCUUUGUGACCUCAGACCAGCCAGUGUCAGAGGUCAAUGCCCUCGGCUGUAGCCACGACAACCUGAGCAGCAACUACCACAACAUCACCUUCCUGAAGGUGCCCAUCGCGGAGUCCGAGUCGGAGUCUGAGUCCGAGUCGGAGUCUGAGUCCGACUUUGAGACACCUGAAAAUGAAGAUGAAGAAGAGGAUGAAGAGGAAGACAAGAAAGAAAAGCUUUCCAAAGGUGAAGAGUCGUCAACCUGCAGCACAGUACAGAAACUUCCUGAAGUCCAAGAGGAAGAGGACGAUGAAGAUCAGGAUACUAAUACACCUGAGGACUGCUGCACUGACAACUGUUACCGUCGCUGCCCGCGCCUGGACAUAGACACAUCCCAGGGCAGAGGGAAGGUCUGGUCUAACUUCAGGAGAACCUGUUUCUCCAUUGUGGAACACAACUACUUUGAGACCUUCAUCAUCUUCAUGAUACUGCUCAGCAGCGGAGCUCUGGCAUUUGAGGACAUCUACCUGGAGCAGCGUCGGGUCAUAAAGAUUGUUCUGGAGUAUGCAGACCAGGUAUUCACCUACGUGUUUGUGGUAGAGAUGAUUCUCAAGUGGAUCGCCUACGGAUUCAAGAUCUACUUCACCAACGCCUGGUGCUGGCUGGACUUCCUUAUUGUAGACGUGUCUCUAGUGUCUCUGACAGCCAACAUCCUGGGAUACUCUGAGCUGGGAGCCAUCAAGUCUCUGAGGACUCUAAGAGCUCUGAGGCCUCUGAGGGCCCUGUCCCGCUUUGAGGGCAUGAGGGUGGUGGUGAAUGCUCUGGUUGGAGCGAUCCCCUCCAUCUUUAACGUGCUGCUGGUGUGUCUGAUCUUCUGGCUGAUCUUCAGCAUCAUGGGAGUGAAUUUGUUUGCAGGAAAGUUUUAUUACUGUUUCAAUGAGACGUCAGAGGAGAUGUUUCACCCUGCGGACAUCAACAACAAGACCGAGUGUUUCGCUCUGAUCAAUGAAAACUUCUCUGAGGUCCGCUGGAAGAACCUGAAGGUCAACUACGACAAUGUGGGAAUGGGCUACCUGUCGCUGCUGCAAGUGGCCACAUUUAAAGGCUGGAUGGACAUCAUGUACGCUGCAGUGGACUCCAGAGAGGUGGAGGACCAGCCGGUGUACGAGGGUAACCUGUACAUGUACCUGUACUUCGUCUGUUUCAUCAUCUUUGGCUCCUUCUUCACCCUCAACCUCUUCAUCGGAGUCAUCAUCGACAACUUCAACCAGCAGAAAGCCAAGUUGGGAGGAACAGAUAUUUUCAUGACAGAGGAGCAGAAAAAAUAUUACAAUGCCAUGAAGAAACUGGGCUCUAAGAAACCUCAGAAACCUGUUCCACGACCUGAUAACAAGUUCCAGGGUCUGGUCUUUGACUUGGUCACUAAACAGUUUUUCGACAUCUUCAUCAUGGUGUUGAUCUGCCUCAACAUGGUGACCAUGAUGGUGGAGACGGACGAGCAGAGCCUGGAGAAAGAGACCAUCUUGUACUGGGUCAACCUGGUCUUCAUCAUCGUCUUCACCACUGAGUGCUCUCUAAAGAUCAUCGCACUCAGGCAGCACUACUUUGCCGUUGGCUGGAACAUUUUCGACUUUGUAGUGGUCAUCCUGUCCAUUGUAGGCCUUCUCCUCGCUGACCUCAUAGAGAAGUAUUUUGUUUCGCCCACUCUCUUUCGUGUGAUCCGAUUGGCUCGUAUCGGUCGAAUCCUUCGUCUUAUCCGAGGAGCUAAGGGAAUCCGGACGCUUCUGUUUGCCCUGAUGAUGUCACUUCCUGCCCUCUUCAACAUUGGUCUGCUCCUCUUCCUCAUCAUGUUCAUCUUCUCCAUCUUCGGAAUGUCAAAUUUUGCCUAUGUGAGGAAGGAGGCCAUGAUAGAUGACAUUUUUAACUUUGAGAGCUUUGGGAACAGCAUGAUCUGUUUGUUUAUGAUCACCACAUCAGCCGGAUGGGACGGCCUGCUGAGUCCCAUCAUGAACACAGCGCCAGACUGUGACCCAGACAUCGAGAACCCUGGAUCAAUGGUGAGAGGGAACUGUGGCAGCCCGGCGGUGGGCAUUGUCUUUUUCACCACCUACAUUAUUAUGUCCUUCCUGGUGGUGGUCAACAUGUACAUCGCCAUCAUCCUGGAGAACUUCAACGUGGCCACAGAGGAGAGCACCGACCCGCUGUGUGAGGAUGACUUUGAGAUGUUUUAUGAAACCUGGGAGAAGUUUGACCCCGAUGCCUCACAGUUUAUACAGUACAGUAAACUGUCAGACUUCUGCGACACUCUCCAGGAUCCUCUGAGGAUUCCCAAACCCAACACCAUCAAACUGAUCCACAUGGAUCUGCCUCUGGUUCCUGGAGACAAGAUCCAUUGUCUUGACAUUCUGCUGGCACUCACUGCACAGGUGUUGGGGGAUUCAGGAGCAAUGGAUACACUCAAAGCCAGCAUGGAGGAGAAAUUCAUGGCUAACAACCCCUCAAAGGUGUCUUAUGAACCGAUCAGCAGCACCCUGCGGAGAAAACAGGAGGAGGUGGCGGCGAUGGUGAUCCAGCAAGCGUACAGGAAACACCUUCUUCGGCGGACGGUCAAAUUGGCAUCUUACAAAUACCGCGAGAAGACAGAUAGACGGCGAGACGAGGAUUCGCCCCCAGAGACAGAAGGACUUCUCUUUAAACGAAUCAGUCAGCUGUAUGGAGACAGCCAGGACACAGAGGAGCAACCUCCUCCAGCCCGAGUGGAGCUUCAGAGUGAGUUACUCCUCCAUGCCACUCCUCCCCUGAGCACCCCCGACUUUCUGCAAGAUGAGAACCUGAGGGAAUCGAUCGUGUGAUGACGACUGAUGUUUACUGGUUCUCCUUUUCUUCCUUUGUUCUGCUCUCUUGUGGAGCGUCACCUUGUGGAGGGGCAGCAGACAAACCUCUCUCAGCAGAUCGAUGACUGAUGACAAUCCUAUUCAUCUGUGUCAGUGCUGAAGACACUGUAUGUCAUAUUAUAUCGAUUUAAUACUUAAACAGGUUGUUAGUGACACUAAUAAAACACAUCAUUAUUAUUAUGUUAUUAGUCAUUAGUCCCAGACCAGCUGAUUAUCAGCUGAUGAGUCAAAUCGCUUCACAGCUGCUCCACAGUGUUUUCAAAAUGUUGAGGAGCUUUGACCAGAAAAGUCUUUUGAUGGACAUUUGAAAUGACCAAUGACAGUAUUCAGUGUACAACUGCUCCCCUCAAACAAUAAAUCAUUUAAAUCUUUAUUCAAACAUCAGACAAAAACAAACAAGUCAUUCAUAACAGCUUCACUGGUGACUGACAGAGACACCAGGUGCUGGAAUGUAACUCAGACUAUUUACUCAAGUACUGUAGUACAUUUUAUUUACUUGUACUUUAUUUGAGUAUUUCCAUUUUAUGCUACUUUAUAACUUUACUCAUUUCAGAGGGAAAUACUGCUACUACAGGAAGUUUAUUUGACAGCAGCAGUAAAUAAAAAGAAAAAAAAAUAUUUGCAAACUGCUACUGCAAAACCUUUUACAAUGAGUCAGUGUGGUUGUUUCUCUUGUCAUGUUGUUAUCAGUUCAACCAAAGAAAGAUUUCACCUCCAAACUAACAUCAGCAUUAGCAUUAGCAGCAAUUUACUUACCAGUCUAGAAGAAACAUUGUGAGUUCAGCAUCAAAUUUCAUUCCUUUACCCACCAACAGCUGUCUGCAUAGGUGGAAACAAACACAAAUGUUAACUCUCGUCUCUGUCACAUCUUUUCUUCUACUGAAGUUAGCAUGCUAACCAGCUAACCAUGACUCAUCUCUUCACUGUAGCCUCCGAUCUGAAGACGUAGCGUCUCAAAGGACGUGUUAUAACCUCUUGUAUUGUAAACACAACUUACGGCUGUUAUGGCUGGUCCCGGCAAGAAGCCCCUAUAAACAAACACUUCAAGAUUCAAAGAGGUAAAAUGAUCCAAUGUUUCACAAAAAGAAAAGAGUUCAGUCAAAGAAACAGAUUUUAUUUUUUUCUUCUUCUCUCCCAUGAAUCAUCUGACGACCUGUCAGAUUUAUCUGGUGACCCUUUGGAGGGGUCCAACCCCCAGGGUGGGAAGCAGUGGACUAAACUGUCUAAGAGUAAGUGACAUAGUUAAAGCAGCUACAACAGUGACAUCAGUCAGGAUCAAUGAUCUGAUGAAUCACAGGAGGAACGUUCAUUCUGCUUUUACUUGUCAUGGAGUUUUGUAUAUUGCUGUAUUCGUAUUUUUACUAGUAAAGGAUCUGAGUACUUCCUGCACCACUGCAGACAGCCAAUAACAGCGCAGCAUCUGAACACAUGACUGAUGAGAAGGAAACAGUAUUUUUGUUUUUAUAAAUAGAAAUGUUGUUAUUUUACAUUUCAGUCAUCUACAGUUUGAUUUAAUCUGCCUACAUCAUGUGUGACACAGUGAAUCACCUGUUAUCAAUCACCUGCAUUUAUGAACUUUCACUUUCCUUACAUUCACUCUGAUUGUCGCUUCAGCUGCUGUUCUUCUUCACAGAUGACAGUAUACUGCUGUGAUGAUAAGGUGAACCGGCUAAUAGGAGUAUACAAUGGACCAGGUAACAGCCAAUCAGAGCUGGUUUAGACUAACGUAUUGGAAAUUGAUCAUUCAUGAAUGAUUUUAUCUUCAGAUCCUACAUUUUUUCUUUCUUUUUCUUUCCUUCUUUUUAAAUUUCUUUAUUUUAUUUUUUUUUGUAUGAAGAUUGGUUUAUCACUAAAUUAUAGUAUUCAUGUUUUUCGUUUCUUUACUUCAUACAGAGCUGCAGGGACGAUGUUUUUGUAGUCCAACCCUGACGUUAGCAUCUCCCUGGUUCCAUCCACAAACAGCCAAUGGGAUGUUUCCACUGUUUUUUGGGAUUAUUAGACAAAAUAAACAACAGUUUCUGAUCCUGACAGGUUUAGUUCAGCAGGAUCAUCUUCACUAAUGAACACCAUGUUAUGAUGUUUGAAGCCUCAAUACAAUCAGAAGAAGUAAAAAGGUAAUAUUAAAACCAACUACAACAUGGUCACGACUUCAACACCACGGUCACGACUUCAGCGUCACCACCACUAAACUUCAACUUGUAGUUUGAUUUAGCUCUGAUCUCUUCUACAAAAGCCUUUCCUCUGACAGAAUUAGUGACAGUUUGUAUAAACACAACGAGGCUGUAAAGGUGGACUGGUGAGUAGAUGGAUUUUCAUGUUCAACAUGACAACGACCUCUGUAGUCUCAUUUAGACACUCGUUAGCAACCGUGAUGUAAAAGCUUCAAGAAAUCAGGACUUGAGUAUUUACAGACUGAUUUUAUAUCAUAGAAUAAAACAUGAAAAUGUCUUGAGCUUGUUUUAAACUCAGACCUGAUUUCAGUCAUCAACCAAAAACACAUUCAAACAGAAACCAUCUCUUCAUGUGAUUGGUGGUUAAGUGUCAGAGUCAUCAGCUGAUUAGUCAGUUUUGAUGUUUGGGAUGAUGAAUGACAGCUGUGACCUGAAAAACAAAGUGAUUAAAGUUUCCAACUGAAAAA